GAUUACGCAAAAGUUGAGAUCUUUCGUUUAAUCUAAAAACACGAAAAAUUCUACAUGGAGCCACGAGAAUUUCAGCAAAAGGAGAAAGUGCCAUGACUUCUCGACUUGGCCUUCAGUACAAUCACCCGAGCGAGAUGACGGUUUAGUCUUGCCUCGGCUUUCAUUCCUCGAACAUCUCUCACCGUGCCGGUAUCGAAAACAUAAAUAAAAGUGAGGGUGGAUAAAAGAUAAGGGACGAAACAAAGUGUUUGAUAAUUACGAAGAGCGCGAAAUAACGAAAAAAAUGUUAAUAACAAUAGCAUUUUGGCUGUUAGUUACUUUAAUUUGUUUUUGGAUUCUACUUGGUCCUGUUACAAGAUUUCUGCGUGUUCUAUGGGAAAUUAUUAUGCAAAUAUACAAUAAGAAGGCAAUCGAUCUGCGAACAAAGUUCGGCGAAUGGGCAGUUGUCACUGGGUCGACUGACGGUAUUGGUAAAGCUUAUGCUAAGGAAUUAGCAGCAAGAAACAUGAAUCUUAUAUUAAUCAGCAGAAACUUAGAAAAACUUAAACGCACAAAAGACGAGAUGCUGUUAAUAAAUCCAAAAAUCAAAGUGAGGAUUCUUGCGGCAGAUUUCGCCGAAGGAGAAAAUGCUUUUACCAAAAUCCAUUCUCUUUUGCAAGAUAUAUCCGUUGGCAUAUUAGUGAACAAUGUAGGUAAGCAAUACGAGUAUCCCAUGUAUGUCGGAGAGGUACCCGAGAAGGAACUGUGGGACAUUAUCAAUGUAAAUGUGGGCGCCACUACGUUAAUGACGCGGUUGGUUAUCGGGCAGAUGCAAAAACGCAGACAAGGAGCGAUUGUCAACGUCUCCUCCGGAUCUGAGUUUCAGCCGCUGCCGUUGAUGACGGUAUACGCCGCUACGAAAGCAUAUGUGAAGAGUUUCUCCGAUGCUCUCAGGGCGGAAUACUCCAGAUUCGGCGUAACUGUUCAACACCUGUCGCCUCUUUUCGUCAAUACCAAAAUGAACGCAUUUAGCUCUAGGCUUCAGGUUUCAAGUAUAUUUGUACCUGAUGCUACAACUUAUGCAAAAAAUGCUAUUGCCACUCUGGGUAAAAUGGACAGCAGUACUGGUUACUGGCCUCACAGUAUUCAAAAGUUCAUCACCCUAAUGCCACCUGUAUGGAUUAGAACAAAAAUCGGACAAAUUAUGAAUGAAAAUUUCAGACAAGACUAUUUUAAGCAACAAAGACAAAAGACAUUGCAAUAAACUAUUUUAAAUGAACAGUUAUAUUUUUUAAAAA